AUGAAAAUUUCAAACAAACUUUUGUAAGUGUUUCAGCUAGACUAAAAGUUCUGACGCUAAGGCUAAGGCUUAAGCUAAGGCUAAGGCUGAGGCUAAAACUAAGGCUAAGGCUAAAGCUAAGGCUAAGGCUAAGGCUAAGGCUAACAAUAUUAUAGAUAAUCUUCAACCUAAUCAUCAGUUUAUCAGCCUUCUUCCAUCCAGCAACCGAAUUCUGUUUGUACCUCCAACAACGUCAAUUGUUUAUAGACUAUUACCACUAUUUAAAGUUGAUCAAAUACUUUUUUUGUUUCCUCGACCACAUUACAGCCGUAUUCGUCGAGUUCAAGUUUUAUAUUUUGGCCAUCGAACGAGUGAUUGCAUUGAAACGACGCAAAUCUGAAGAUAUGCCUAUAGCCAAUGUGCCGGGAAAACUGCUGGGUGUUACGGUAAGUAUGAUUAGACUUGAAAAGGAGCUUUGUAGGCCCGGCCGCAUAAAGGCCCCAUGCUAUGCUUGACUCGGCCCACACAUCUGCUAGGGCCGAACCAACAUUGAAAAGAGCCGGGCCGUGUCGGAUCGUGCGCGCCUGAGAGCCGGGCUUAAAUGAAUGCACCAGCUUUAGACAUGAGAAACAGGCUCGGCUUGCCAUCGGGCCGGGUCGGGCCGGCCCAACGCAAAAUUUCGAUCGGGCCUGGCCUCAAAAAUAGGCCGGGCUCGGCCUGUUUUUACGUAAAAAAGUUGGUCUUGUUUGGUUCGGGCAUGCCGUUGGGUGGGACCGGCCCUAAGCAAAAUUUGGACCGGGCUUGGCCUGCAAAAUAGGUCCGACCUGUUCUUUUUGUCUACCCUGCUUAGGUCCCGCAACAAAAGAUUUACUUGCGAAAAAAGGCCGGGCCAAAGAAAAUCUGGAAAGAUCAGGGCCGGUUCAUGCAAGCCCGAGGGGCGUAAACCAAAACUCCAGAGGCCUAGAUUAUCAGUUAUUAAUCUGAGAUUAGGUCCCACAACGAAUGAUUUAAAUUAUAAAAAAGGCCGGGCCGAGCCAAAGCAAAUUCGAAAAAGCUUCGGACCGAGCCAAAAAAUUAGGCUCUAACCGUCCCCUUUACUGUUCUAAACAUAAUAUCUUAUACUUGAAGUAAGCUUUAUUAGAAUUGUACUUUUUUGUCUACCGUAAUCUUUAAACAUGACAUAAUAAUUUUUUUCAGUUUUUGAUAGUGACAUUCGAAAUUGUAUUGAAAACUAUAUUAUACUGCUGUUUUGACACCGCCGACUCAUUCGAAAUUCGAUUUGAAAAAGGGAUUACAUUGUCAAGAUCACCCAGAUUCUUUUUGUUUGGCUACUGCGCCUUGUAUUCUUCACUAUUCUUGGGAGUUAUAGUAAGUUACCCUACCCUUGCCUUGCCUUGCCAGAUUAAAAAAUCACUUUUCGAACUUCCCGCCAAAUUGGCAUUGUGUUUCAAGCUUAUAGCUUUGUCAUUUUUUGACUUUUUAAUAAUUUUUCUUUGAUGUACUAAUAGAAAACCUGUUAUGAGCCAACGUUUUUAAAUUUGUAAGCGUGGCUUGUCUGGAAAGUUGAAAAAAGGUCUUGCAACGCUAUGCUAAAUUUGCCAAUUUGGCGGGAAAUUCAAAUAUUUAAUUUUCAAAACCUAAGACCGCAAGCUAAGAUCUUUUAUGUGUACUAUUGGUGGUAUAAAGAAUUCAUAUAAAAAUUUUGAUCUGAUUCUGAGAGUUGCAGGUGGGGCACUUUCCUUGUUAGCUUGGCUUAGCUUGGCUUACCAUGCCCGGUUCUGUUCUGUCUUUUCCCUCCUUGACCUGUCUUGGCCUGCACUAAUCUCAUGCCGUGCCUUGCUUCGCUUUGCCUUGCUUUACCCUGACCUGUUCUCCUCUACUCUACUUUACUUUACCUCAUAUUUACAUUACCUAGUCUAAACUUAUCUUUUAGCUCCUAAAAUACACCAAACGUUAUGUAAAACAACUUCGAUUGGCGAGCGAAAGUUUGACUGAAAGUUUUGAGCUGAGCCAGACUAAAAGUAUCGUCAGGCUAAUAUCCAGCUUGUUAUUGUUGUACAUUGGUUGUUGUUUAUUGUGUUUACCCACUGGAAUCUUAACCUUUUACAUUUCAUUUUUUGAAUAUAUGUCCAUAUGGGACACGGUAUAUGAUACUAUGGUUAAGGUGAGUUUAAGAUUUUUAAACAUACAAUAGCAAGAACUUUCUUUACAAAACAACAAAUGGCAAGAACUUUCUUUACAAAACAACAAAUGACAAGAAUUUUCUUUACAAAACAUAUAAUGGCAAGAACUUUCUUUACAAAACAUAAAAUGGCAAGAACUUUCUUUACAAAACAUAAAAUGGCAAGAACUUUCUUUACAAAACAUAAAAUGACAGAAACUUUCUUUACAAGCCCUACAAACAAUAUUUUUAGACAAACUACUUUAUCUUGUCCUGUUACACCUUAUCUUCAGUAAUUUACGCAUUCCAUCGAUUCGGCGUGAUACGAAACCGACACGUAUCAGUUACGAUUGAUGAAGUCGUCGAUGAACAAAAGCUUCAUUUUGACUAUUUGGCCGAUUCAUGGGCUUCUGUAAAACAUAAAAAGAGCUUGCCGUAG